AUGGCUGCUGCCGCUGGUCAGCAUUUCUUUGAAGGGACGGAAAAAUUACUUGAAGUCUGGUUCACAUCGUCAACUAAUGACCCAACUUGCGAUCUGAGGACAAUUGACAGGAAAGACUGGGAAAAGUUGCUAAAACUGGUGAAAUGUGAAAUCAUCAGCUCUUUGAAAGAUGAAAGCAUGGACUCCUAUGUCUUGAGUGAGAGCAGUAUGUUUGUGACAAAGAACAGAUUCAUUCUGAAAACAUGCGGGACGACCACUUUGCUCUUUGCAGUCAAGGGUCUGAUUCAACUUGUUAAAAGAGAAUGCGGAUUUGACAAUGUCGCUGACAUAUUCUACUCACGCAAGAAUUUUGCUCGGCCAGAGUUGCAACACUUCUUGCACCAGUCGUUUGACAAGGAAGUUGAUCACCUUGAUCAGAUGUUCACAAACAGUGCUGCAUAUGUGUUGGGACGUAUGAACAAGGAUUGCUGGUAUCUAUACACUUUAGACAGCGGUGGCGUCGAGCAACCAGAUCAGACGUUUGAACUUCUGAUGUGGGAACUGUGCCCCAAUAAAAUGAAAAUAUUCACCAAAGAAAUCUGUGCGGAUGGAAAAGAAGCUACACAGAAAUCUGGUAUCUGUGACAUCAUUCCUGGUAUCAAGAUAGACGACUUCUUAUUUGAGCCCUGCGGAUACUCUAUGAAUGGACUUCUGCCUGGGGGUUAUUACAUCACAAUCCAUGUGACCCCUGAGCCACACUGCAGCUACGUCAGCUUUGAGAGCAACGUCCCACAGGAAUCAUACCAAAACCUGAUUAAGAAAGUGCUGCAAGUCUUUAACCCUGGGAAGUUUCUGAUGACAGUUUUUGCGAACCAGGCUUCAAUAGCCCGGGACACGCACAAGCACCUAGAGAGAGUGGACACCAUUGAAGGCUACCAGCGUCACGACCACCAGUUCUGCAGCUUCAAGAGCUACAAUCUGACCUACACGCAGUACUCCCGCCCAGUUAUUUAG